AUGGUGACUAGUGUGUUUUCCCCGCAGACGGUGCUGAAGGCGUGGUCCCGGGCGCUACACGUGGCCACUGAGGGCGUCACCUUCCUCAGGUCUGCCAUUGUGGUACUUCCUGCCCACUGGUCCACCCGUGCCUGCCACCCGCCCAUCUCUGAAGACCCGCCGCCCACGUCUACCCAGACUCCUCACUUGCAGGUAGCCUCUCCCCACCCGGUGUUCGGGGACUCGCCCUGGACGCAGCAGAGUGGAGGGUGCGGCCAGCAGGGCGACUUUAUACAGUUUGGGGUUGGCUUCCUGGAGGCGGCCAACACCUCGGCCGACCAUGCCACCCGCGCCGCCAGUGUCCUGGUGGGGGAGUGGGCCAAGUACCGGUGGGGGCUGUUCUCUGAGGCAGGGUACCCGGGGGACCAACUCUACCUGCCUUGGUAUCGGCAGGGGCCUCGUUGGGCCGCCACUGUAUGUACUGACGCCCGCGCCGGCCCGCCCGCCUGCCACCCAGACCACGCCCACCACUGUGCUUGGCCGCCCGAGGCUCACAGGAACGCCACCUCCUCACUCCUCGCUCUCCCACACCUCCUACAGGUGACCAAGUUCUGCGACGCUCACACCCACAACAGAGAGGCGCCCACCAAGCAGAACGCGCUGUGUGGGGGUCGUUCUGCCUGGGAGGUGAUGAGAGAACGUCAGGACUUCAGAGAACAGAGACCGCCCCGGCAGGCACCUCCCAGGCCACCUCAGCUGCUCUUCAUACGUCAGCAAACACAGCGGUUCGUCCUCCUGGUGGAAGACACGGGCGUCAUGAAUGUACAGCGUCGAUGGGAGUUCGUACGUAAGGCAGUGAGACGUGUAGUAGUGUACGAUUUGCCUAACGGAGCUCAGGUGGCGGUGGUUGUGUUCAAUGCUGAGGACAGAGAGGCGGCCCCGCUCUCUACCGUGCUGGAGUCGACAGUAUCAGACCUGCGGGAGAGGGUCGGGUCCUCCUUGCCCCGGAACCCGUCCAACGUGCGGGAGAGCCAGGCGUGUAUCGCAUGCGGUAUCAAGAGAGCGGUGCGGGUCUUGAAGGAGGGAGGAGCAGAGCCGCAGGCGGCCAACAUCGUUAUGGUGACGAGCGGAGGUGACGGGAGGGAGAGCGAGGCAGAGGAGGUGAGGCAGUUGGUGCGCAAGUACGGGCUGCGGCUCCUGUUGGUGCUGUACCCGCUGGCCGAGCGUCCUGGCCUCCCAGCCCCGCCUCACGCCCUCGUGCCUAUCGCCAGGGAGUCUGGAGGCAGAGUCUUCACCGUCAUGGAUGAGGGAGUAGGCAUUGACUCCAAGGUGAGCAUGUUGGUAUCCCUGAUGGAGGCCCUGACCGCCGCUGUGGCCGCGGGAGGAGCCACCACGCCCGUACUCAUCCACAGCGCCACCUACCAGGGCGGCAUCGCCUCCCUCAGUUCAGGCUCCUUCUCCCUCGACGACUCCCUGUCUGCAAACGCGCGCUUCGCCGUCUACUACUACGACCUGAACCACGUGGGCAACACCAUCCACCUCACAGCACCCUCAGGAGCCACCUUCGCCUCCGUCAACAUGCAGGAGGAGGACGGUGACGUUAACAUGAUCUCCGUCAACCUACACAACGCCGAGCGCGGAGUUUGGCGCUACAAGGUGGAAAACCGCGCAGAUUCCCACCAGGCUCUGCACAUCCAGGUGACGUCACUCCCUAGCUCUACCAAUGAUGUCUCGGUGCGGGUCUGGACCAAUCAGGACACAGAAGACGUCAUCACUGCAGAAGAAAAUCGACCAAUCAUUAUCUACGGAGAAAUUAAGAUGGGGGGAGCAGCAGUGAUGGACGCGGCGGUGAAGGCAACGCUACAGAGACUUGGCACCAACGCUACAGGAGGCACUUACCCUCCCGUGCUGGUACCCCUCCUCGACCUGGGCACUGGCGAUCCUGACAUUACGCGCGGGGACGGGGUGUACACUCGCUACGCUCCACCUCUUGAUGGUCCAGCUCGCUAUGCUGUCUUGAUCUCUGUGGAUGCUGGCAAGGCGGUGCUGGCUCUCGCUCAGACACACACUAGAGACCAUGAUCUUCGGCACCACAGACACGCCUACACCAAAGAGCAGCUAGCAUUUGGUGGAUUCGAAGACGAUAGGGCGUGGGCGUCUCCCUCCUGCUGUGGCUCUGUUGUGCCCUACGCCCACACCCGGGAGGCGCCGCCGUUCACCCGCCAAGUGACAGGACCCACCCUGGAUAUUAAAGAGGGUCACGUCGUUAACAGAGAGAAGAUACCUCCAGCCAAAAUCAUGGACUUGGUGGCUUGGGUGAACCACUCCAGCGGUCGUGUGGUGUUGGACUGGACAGCCGUGGGCGAGGACAGAGACUGGGGACGGGCCCGGGCCUAUGAAGGCUACGUGGCGCCCAGCAAGACCCAGGCAGCCAUCAAGUGCACGGGGGAGAGGAUCAGAGACCUCCCUGAUCCUGCACCUGCCACCACCAAGGAGAGGGCCGCCGUGGCUCUCACAGUAC